AUGGCUGGUGACAACAGCACUGCGCCAAGUGACAAUGUCACGGCGGCUCACGCUGAAACUCUCCAGCAAGUUGGGUCGGAGAAGAUACAGGAGCAGUUUGUCGAGGAAGCCGAGUACGAGCUCAAUCGCAUUGAUCUUGACAAGCUAUCGCGGGAGGCGUUUUCGUGGAAGUCACGAGCGGGUCUGCGCAUCAUCUUUUGCAUCAUUGUUCAAGGCUUGAGCACCGCGGCAUAUGGCAUCGAUGGUUCCGUAACCUCUGGCCUGGCUGCCCUGCCUGCGUUCCGCAGCGAGUUCAACGUGGGAACCAGCGGAGCCGGCAUUGCCAUCAUCGUCUCGGCCAUGUCGAUUGGCAACGCAGCGGCCAGUCUGUUCCAGUGGCUGUCCGACAUCAUCGGUCGCCGCGGCGUGACGUUUCUCGGAAACGCAAUCAUGGUCAUCGGCGUCGUGCUGCAAGCCGCCUCCGGAAACAACGUCUGCUUCAUCAUGGGCCGUGUCUUCGCGGGCGUCGGCGCCUCCUUGACUGCCAACGUUGGCCCCCUGUACAUGAAUGAGAUUGCUCCGGCAGGCUGUCGCGCCAUGGUGGUGGGCAUCUACGUCUCUGGCUAUUACAUUGGUGGCAUCGUCAUUGCCUGUGCGCUCUUGGGCGGCUCGUAUCUUCCGGGCAACUGGAGCUGGCGCAUGCCCAUCCUACUGCAGCUGGGACCAUCCAUCCUGGUCAUGCUGCUCGUGUACCUCAUCACGCCGGAGUCUCCUCGCUAUCUCGUGGCAAGAGGCAAGGUGGACAAGGCGCGUCAGGUUAUUGCCAGGCUGCACACCACGACCGACGACGUCGACGAGCCUAUCGUGUCGGCCGAGAUUAAGCAGAUCCAGGACUCGUUGGAGCGCCUGGACAACAACCCGUGGGACUUUAGCACCUUCUGGAGCUCGCGUUCAGGGCGCAAAAGGCUCUGGAUCAUAUUCCUCUACAGCCUGUUCCAGCAGUGGAACGGAACCGGGCUGCUUACUGCGUACCUGCCUGCGGUGCUCGAGCUGGUCAACAUUACUAACUCGCACCAGCAGCUGGCGAUUAACCUUGGACAGAGCGCCUUGGCGUUUGUCUCUAUAUUAAUCGGAUCUACGUUUGUCGACAGGAUCCGCCGUAGAUACCUGCUGUUGGGCUCUAUUGCGCUUUACAUUCUGUUCUUUGGCUUUAUGUCCCUCUUCAGCGGCCUCUUUAGCGCCGGCAUCGCCCAGCACGCCACGGGAAUCCUGAUUGUGGUCACCAUCUACCUGUUUAACAUGUGCACCGGCAUGUUUGUGUCCAUCGUUCACAACGUCUACCCGAACGAGCUCUUCCACUACCGCCAGCGCGCCAAGGGAAUGGGCAUCUACUCGUUUUUCCAAAACUGCUUUGGCUUCUCCGUGACGUACGGUGGCGCUCGGGCAUUGGCGGAUCUGAAGUGGAAGGUAUACUUUCUGUUUAUUGGCAUCAACAUUCUCAUGCUGGCGGGAACGUGGAAGUUUUUCCCCGAGUUUCGUCGGUUGUCGCUCGAAGAGAUUGACCUCGUCAUGGAGUCGGACGUGGAUCCAGUCAAGAUGUCUCUGCGGCUGCAGAAGGCCAAGGAGGAAAAGCGAGAGGAGGAGAGGGAGACGCCUGCGUAA